UGAAAUGGAACUAAACUUUGGCACUAGGAGCAAGUCAGGUGAAGUUGUGGGCUCAAAUAAAUCGUAAUUUUCAUCUCGAUUUUAGUUCAUAAAGUUGUUUCUCUAUUUACUCCCAUUGGGACUCGUUUAGUCUGUUUUAGGUUUUUUCUUUUUUUCAAAAAUCUGUUCCUGGUUGAAUGUCCUCUUGUCCUCUUACUGUCAUGAGACUCAAAGAAAACCAGCGCCAUUAAAGGAUGGCUCGUCUGAACGUGUAGGUGGGAGCAGUGGAAUGAAGUUUGUAACGGUGCGCUGACCCCGGUGUCUUUCUCGCAGCCUCGGGUUACUUGUUUCCCGUCGCGCUAUCUGGCAACCCCGACCGAACUGCGACAGCGCCAAUGGCAGCGGAAACAAGUGUCGAGGCGAGGAGGAUGACAGCAGCACGGCGAGGUGAGCAUCGUCUGGGAAGGGGACGACGACGACGACGACGGCGAUUUACGUGCAGGUCGGGAAGAGAUUCGCGUGGCGCCGCGGAUGGUUUCACCUCGGCCUGAAACAUUAAAUCGUCAACUUUAUCCCGAGUUCCAGGAGCAUUCCGGCAAAUAGAAAAUAGAAGGAAAAAAAAAUGUUAGCUCGCGCUCAACAGCUAAAGCUAACCGACGUUAGCGACUAGACGUUUGACGCUAGCCCGCGCAGGAGCCGCUGGCUCGGCUGCGGCCACUGGACGUUAGCUCACCCAGCUAGGCUAACGUUAGCCGAACGGAGAGCAGGGGGUCGCCCGUCGAGCUGGACGGGUGUAGCGGCAGCCUGCGGCGAACCGUCGCCAGUCCGCUGUCCGCCCGUUUUGGCCAACACGACGAAGGCCGGAUUACAUAGUUCGAUUUAGCCUGCUCAAAUAGAGGAGAGUGUGUUGCCUUUGCCCUACACAAACAGCCUGAGUAUGAUUCCGUGGUUGCGGUGGAGGUGAGGAAGCAUGGGGUGGAAAUCUGAGGUGUCGGGACAAACGUGAUGACAGCAUGGUCCAUGGUGGAGAAGCUCAAAAUGGAAAAACGCCCAUGCAGGGAGGAGAACAUUGACUCAAGCGAGGCUCAGCAUGCCACUGACGAGUCUGAAGAUGGCAGCAGCUCGGAAAGUGAGUCGGAAGAACGGCAACGUCAGAGGGUUCAAGGGAACAACAGCAGCUGUAAAAAGCGGGAGCCUUUGGCCGUUGCAAAACCCCACCGACAGCUGUGUCGCUCACCAUGUCUCGACCGGCCCAGUUUUUCCCAGAGUAGCACUGUACAAGAUUUGCGCGAGGAUGAGACCAGCGCGCGACCAGGGAUCAAGGCAGCCAGUGAGCGAGAGUAUCAGACUAAGAUGGAGUUUGCUCUGAAGCUGGGCUAUUCAGGAGAGCAGGUGGAGACUGUGCUCAACAAGUUGGGGGCUGCUGCUUUAAUUAACGAUGUUCUCGCUGAGUUAGUGAGGCUCGGAAACAAAGUCGAGCCUGAAAUUCAACCUUGCAGCAGCACAGCCACAUUGAUAUCACGACCCCCCUGUGUUAAAGAGAUUAGAGAUAGUCCCGAAGUGUCAGUGGAAGAGGAAUCUGUGGAUCCCUACGACAACCUCAGGCCCAUCGUCAUUGACGGCUCAAAUGUUGCAAUGAGCCAUGGAAACAAAGAGGUAUUCUCUUGUCGUGGUAUCCAACUUGCUGUGGAGUGGUUUCGGGAGAAAGCACACAAAGACAUCACUGUGUUUGUCCCAGCCUGGAGGAAGGAGCAGUCGAGGCCAGACGCCCUCAUCACAGACCAAGAAAUACUACGCAAACUGGAAAAAGAGAAGAUCCUGGUUUUCACCCCGUCACGGAGAGUUCAAGGCAGAAGGGUGGUGUGCUAUGAUGAUCGCUUCAUAGUGAAGCUGGCUUAUGAUUCUGAUGGAAUUAUUGUGUCAAAUGACAACUACAGAGACUUGCAAAAUGAGAAGCCAGAGUGGAAGAAGUUCAUAGAAGAGCGUCUCCUCAUGUACUCAUUUGUCAACGACAAGUUCAUGCCUCCUGAUGAUCCACUGGGAAGACACGGUCCAAGCCUAGAGAAUUUCCUCCGCAAGCGUCCUGUUGUUCCAGAGCACAAAAAACAGCCCUGCCCCUAUGGGAAAAAGUGCACAUAUGGACAUAAGUGCAAGUACUAUCAUCCAGAGCGCGUCAACCAGCCCCAGCGGUCAGUCGCUGAUGAACUACGGGCCUUUGCCAAAUUGUCUGCAGUGAAGACAAUGAGUGAGGGGGCUUUAGUCAAAUGCGGUAUUGGUCCAGCAACUGCAAAGGGGGAAAGCAUCUCUGAGGUCAAACGCGUGGCCCCUAAACGUCAAUCUGACCCCAGUAUCCGCUCAGUGGCCUGUGAACCUCCAGAGGCGCUGUCCGUUGCUAGGAAGUCUGAGGCGAAUUCUGUGCCUUCCCUCGUGUCUGCUCUCAGUGUGCCCACCAUGCAGCCCGCCAAGAGCCACGCAGCUGGGGCCUUGAACACACGAUCAGCCAGCAGCCCAGUGCCAGGUUCUCUGCAAUUCGCACACAGUUCUCUGGAGCACAUGUCGAGUGUACAGUACCCACCAAUUUUAGUUACUAAUAGUCAUGGCGCCUCUAUUACGUACAAUGACCAGUUCCCUAAGUAUGACUCUGUUAGUGACCAUGGAUAUUAUUCACUGCACAGUGAUUUUUCAAACAUGAGCAUGAGCAGCAUGCAUAAUGUUGACAGUUUCUGUAGCAUGGAGCACGAGCACGGUGUGUAUCAGAGAAAUCCAAGCCACUGCCCCGAGUCCUGCCUCAGCCACUCAAACAGCGACUCGUUCUCCUCUUACGGGGACCUGUACCCGAGCUCCGUGGACAGUAGCCUAGAGGAGAGCAUGAAGGGGCAGCAGCAGUCUCCUGCACAGGGUCGAAUGCAAACUUUCUCCCAUGGGUUUCGCCAUGAAGCGCUGACAAGGGUACAGAGUUACGGACCAGAGGAACCUAAGCAGGGCCCCCGUAAGCAGCCUGGAUCUCAUCUAGCACCACAUAUCCAGCACGUCGCAGUGGGAGCCAGGUCCAGCUGCCCUGGAGACUAUCCCCUCACUCAGAAUGUCCUACCACCUUUGUCGGCACAGCCCACACGGUCUCUUGGUAUGACUCGUAUGGACAGUAUAUCAGACUCAAGGCUGUAUGAUAGUAACCCAAUGAGGCAGCGGCGCCCUCCGCUGUGUCGUGAGCAGCACGCAAGCUGGGACCCUCUGCCUUGUGGUAAUGAGUCCUAUGGAUAUCAUUCAUAUCCACUGAGCAACAGCCUGAUGCCGUGUUGCGAGCGGGUGAUGGUCCGCAGCAUGCCCGACAAAAUGGAGCAAAUCUGGAACUCUCCAUGGGAGACCCCAUCAGCAGUUGAACACCAAGAUCGGUAUGUGAUUCCAGACCACCAGUAUCAAACAUAUCGGAACCUGUGUAACAUCUUUCCUGCUUACGUAGUUCACUCAGUAAUGGAGAAGAACCCUCAUUUGACCGAUCCACAACAACUCGCUGCUGUUAUUGUUACGAAACUGAGGUCAUGCCACUGAGCACUGAACCAUUUGAAACAUUCAAAAGCGACGGGAUGAGGAAAAUAGGGAUUUUAUUUGCAAAGAUAGGCACUUGUUCGAGGUUGCUGCAUGCUCAGGAGUAAAAAAAAAAUUUAAACUGGGAACUCUAAGAUGAGUUCCCAGUUCCCAGUUUCCCAUAGAGGUAGUUUGUCUAUUGAGUUUAAGUUGAAUUGUAAGAUUUUUCUUCUCAUACGAAACGCACAUUUCUACACGAAGUGUGAUGAAGUUGAUACAAGGUCCUACCUUUAUUAAAAAUGUGAUUCAUAACAUACUCACACAACCCGAGCAGGUGAUACAAAGCAGCUUUCCACCACAGCCAACGUCAACUUCAACUUAGUUCAUUAUCGUUGUGAUUCUAGAAAAUACAUAGAACAGUCUGCUGGCAUUUGAAAGGACUGUUAAAUGUUCCUCAGAUUGAUUGAUCUUUGACUGAUUACAUUGUACAUAAAAUGACGUGUGAAGCCCCAAAAAUGUUCAAUAUUUGAUAAGAAAAUAAUUACAUGAAUAAAUUGUCAUAAUGUAGCUAGCUAGUGUAAUACUAAACUUUGUCCUGUAGUGAGUUAGUGUGAAUUAAAUAAAACGCUUUGCAACAUGGCAGCAGAGUCGAGAUAGGAAGUAAUAACUCAGCAACAUGUCCCCUAUUUGCCUUAUUAAAACUGAUAUAAAAGUACGUCAACAUUUGUACACAUGUACUUUUUUUUAAACGAUCUUGCUCAGGCCCUGUGAAUGUGUUAUGAAAGGAAUCUAAUGUGUUUCUGGUGCAGUGGAACUAUAAAUAACCUAGCUAGCUUAGGUCUGCCUCUGCUGUAAAUAAUUCUAUUAUUUUUGUGCGUUUAUUUUGAAGAGGGAGGGAGUUAGAAGGAGGUUGGCACACAACCUCACAGCAUGAACUAUGACAUUUAAUGGCCUUAUAUCUGAAUGACCUCACGCUUUAGUCAUUGUCUGAUUAGUUUCAAUGAAAGUCUUUGAAGCCUCCGAUACUUUCAAAUGUAAAGCACUAUCUCAGUGUAUAAAGAGAUAUAUUUUCUCAGCCUCACUUAACAAAGCUACUAUUUUAGUAGAUUUUGACAGUGCAUAAAACGAGCCAAAAAAGAGAUUUUUGACUUGUACACGUGCACAUAUUUAUGUACAUAUAAUCACACAAAAGCCAUUAUUUCAAAGUCAUUUAUAAGCUGCUAAAUAAUGCCAAAAAAAGGAAAAAGAUAGAGUUUAUAUAGUGUUAGUGUUCUACAUAACUUUACAUUUUGGUUCACAGGAUUGAUUGGAUUAUAGUAUAAACUAACAACUGUGUUUGGAUCAUUUCCCUAGGGUGUGUAGUUACCUUUCUGAUUUUAUUGGAUGACACAUCCAGGAUUUUUCUAUUUAUAUAUUUGUCCUGAUUCUUUUCAAUGUGAAAAUAUUCAAAGUAUCUUUGUUUCAAACAGUAGCUCUAAGCGACUCCUUCAAGUUGUCAGUGGAGCAGUUUGUUUUCAGAAACAGGUCAACUUUGGUUCAAAGACUUCUUUCACGUGCACUAAGGUAGUCUGACAAUUUCCAGCUUUUGUCAGUGACCGGAUUCCUGACGCGUUAGGGAAAAAUGAGAAACCUGGUUUCCUUUUAUCAGUUAAAGACAUUUAAAGAAACUUUAUAGAUUUUUCUUUUAACUUCUGCAUAACAGAGACCCAGGUCAAGUGAAGGGAUCAUUACUCUGGUGUUAAUGAAUGGUAAUUGUAACCGUUACUUGUGUCCAUGCAUCAUGGCAUCAAGAAUAAUUUAAAGUCCAGUUUACGUUGAACAACCUUCAACAGGCACUAAACACUAAAGCCCUGCCUCUUAAUUUACCAUUACUCCGAUUAAAAAAAAAAUGUCAAAGUGACUAUCACUAAAUUUAUCUUAACAUAUUAGAUAAGCAUAAAAUAUUGCAAACUUGGCUCACAGUGUUGAGGAGGAUGGGGACAUAUCUGCAAACCUGUUUCUUAUGUGCAUGUCAACAUAGUGAAACUCCAGAAAUGAAUUUCACGGGGCUGUGAUGAGAAUUUGAUCGGCGCGAAUUGUAUGGAUUUUCUAUUAGAGAAGGAAACCCUUGUUUACAUCACAGUUUAGGAAUUUCAAUAAAACAAUAGAUAUUUACCUGAUUUUACAUUUGUCUGAUAAAAUUAUAAAAAAUCUGUAAAAUUUUGGCCUUGGAGUGUGUUAAAUAUCGGAUUGAUUUUGUGAUAUUUUGUGGGGGGCGGGGGGGUUCCUCAAAUGCAGACCUACAAUAUGCAUCAUACAUGCAACCUAUCUCCAAGGCAAGGAUCAUGGAAGGGUCUGGAUGUGCCUUGCAGCACAUUGCUCUCAGGAUGCUUUCAGAUUUCUAAUUUUCAGUCUCCUCAUGCUGAAAAAACAGUGGUUAUAGGCAAGAGUCUACUCUGGUCUUGUGGUGAUAUAUUUUGUGAAAACCCUACAUGUAACAUGUAGUACUUAAAGUCAACAGUUUGUUAUGUGCAGUUGUACUCGGAGAUGGCAUUGCAAAACUUUGUACCUGUUGUGUAUAUCCUUGUUAUGCGCCUUGAGAACUUGAAUACUGGGCUAGUAGGGUGGCUUUACGUGAUGCAGCUUUAGUCAGAUGACAAAAUAUAAUAAAAGAUCCCAUGCAGCCAAAGAUGAACACUGGUGUUAAAAAAACUGAUUAAAGAUGAUUUGAUUAGCUCACAUUUUAUAGUAUGUCAAUUGACUGGCAGAUCUUGAUUGGACCUUUAAAUUUCAACCAUGAACAGGGGCUUUAGGAUCAGGUCAAACUUAUCCCUUAUUCGCAAUCAAUCCUAACCAAGGGGGCACAUUACCAUCAUUUCUGCUAAACACGUUCAUACUCCCAGGAGGAUUCGUUCCACCCUCAGGUAGAAGUAGAGCAUGAAACAUUCAGCCCUACAACUAUGGGGAAGUCGUAACAUGUAAAGACCACCGGAAUGGCAAGAUAAUGCUUGGGAGUGCAUUUAAAGGGAAAUGCCACUUAAUUUCAGGAUUCAGAUCUGAUACCCCUAGGCCUACUGUCGGACUGCAUGACUGAGCGCUACAAAUUUACAGUAUAGUAUUGCAUGGGGUUCCCUUGUGUAAAAGACUCCACUGUGAGUCAGAUAAAAAUGACAAGGGGACAGUUUAUUGUUUUUUUGCUGUUUAAUUAUCAUAAGAAAUGUUUAAAAAACACAGUAGUGAUGCUGAGUUCAAACACUUAAGUCCAGAAUGGUUUUUCCUCCUAUUUGUACUAAAUGGAGCAGCAAUCAGGUGAUGUGUUGCCGGCAUCAUGGACCUGUAGAUUUAUCUUUGUGUCACAGAAAGAAAAAAAAAUAGUUUUGAGAAUUUUUAAACUGAGUGGUAUUACUCUUUAACAGGGCUAAUUGUGUGAGCCUGACUUUUGUCUCAUCGGUGCUGCUUCAAAAAUAUAUAUUUCUUUAUAAAGUUUAGGUACAAUCGUGGUUAUAUGAGCAGACAUGAAGAAGAAAUAAUUGAAUGUGUUAUACCCAAAUGAAUUUUGGGCUUUGCUGACUUUGUUUUUUCAUGAAAAAAGACGAGGCCACUUGGGGCCAGCUGUCUGUUCAUGAGAAGGUGAAACAAACUGCCUAAUGUUUCUUCAUGUGAAACAAUCAGAUUGCAAGGCUGCUGUCAAGGUUGUUUCUGGCAUUUGGCUAAAGUUUGCGUGCCGUCCUUUCUCCUUGAGAUAGAUGAAUUGUCGAUGAUUAUAAAAAAAUUAAUUAAAAAAAUGGUUCUCAAAAAGAAUAACAUAAGCCGUCACUGAUUGAAACUAAAGCAAAUUAAGUAUUUGGUUUUCUAGUUCUAGCGAGAGCCUUCUUCAACCUGAACACUGGAGCAGUCCGUUGUCCUGAUGAACUCCAAGUUCAUUUACUGAGGUGUGAUAAGGAAUGAGUUACUAUAAUAUAGGUCACAAGACAAACCUGCCAAAAAGGACUGGAGAGUGUUUAUUGUUGCUUUUCUUUUUUAUCAUCUCAGAUUAUUGUACCUCCUGAAACACUCUGUUUUCACCAGGCCAUUGACUGCCUCCAAGUUCGAAGUAAAAACCCUCUAUCACAACUAAAGUCUCUCAGUAUGAUAAUCAAGUAUGUUACUGCUUUACACUACAGGCCAGAAUGGUGGCUCACAGUCCCCACCCUCCCUUUGUAAGUGCCGCAAACAACUAAGCCACAAAUGUCUAGAAUUGACUUUUGCUUGUUGAUACAAAUUGUAUCUAUACCUUGAAUGUAAAAAAAAUAUAUAUAUAUGAGAUGUAUAAUAUGAAAAUAGUUUUAUUUAAAUAAAGGGGAAAACAAUCAAUGCCAUAAUGUUUGUGACACUGUGUGUCACUGGGAGUAGCCCAUUGGUAUGUACUUAUUCUUACCGGGUACAGUAGUUAACUUACAGGGACAUUUGCCUGCGACCUAAACGUGCACAGAUACCCUGUGUGCAGCAGUGAGCGCCGUGUCCUCUCUGUACAUAGUCACACACACUUGUGUGUAUAUAUAGAAAGCGAUGUGUAAAUGUAACAGUUACUUCAGUUGUUCAGAUUCUUAAAUAAUUUUGUGUCGUAAACUUGUGCACCUGCUUAAUGCUAUUUUGAUCAGAAUUUCGAUAUUUUUGAAUAUAUUUUGCCUAAUGAAACAUGCCAAAGUUUUUCUUGGGUGGCAUUGUCAAAUGUAAUUUCGUACGUUUCAACACAUGGGUUGUCAUGCAACGAAUCUAUAUUUUGAAGGGCAAAGGAUUUAUUUUCCAUGUACUGUAAAGUGAGUAAAUUAACACCAAAUGCAAAUCUGACACUAGUUUGACAUAAUUAAAGAAACGGUUGGAAGAAACAUACAAAUUUCGUCAUUGGCUGAUCGCUGGGUGACAGACGAUGGCAGCGGGCACUGACGCUGAAUGGUAAAUUCACUGUUAGUUUUAACUCAGAUUUGUAUUUGAUGUUUAAUGUUCUUUCAAGAUGCAGAUCCUUUUCAAGCUGGAAUUUAUUGAAGUGUUUGGAUUAAGUUGAUUUAAUGACUAACCCUGUAUGUUGACUAGGCAGAGCUGUGUUGAAAUGUGAUUUCUUUGGUGAUUGAAUUAUUCACCAAUUGUAAUUUAAUAACUUGUCUGAGGCCAGUUUCCAUUAGGCUAGCGCUAUUUCCAAAUUUCGAGACUAAUCUAAUACUCACUUAAGACCAGAAUCAGAUCAAGACCAAAGUCAUUAUUUUUGAUGCGCAAAAAUUACGUAUCUGUUACUAUAAUUGGAUCAAACACCAACAACAGUUGAGGUCAAUUAUGAACCAUUCGAUGUUUAACAGUUGGUGGUACAAUAUCACUUCAAAAUGGAAUUGUUGGUGUACAAAACGCUACGUCAAGAGGCACACACACUUCAACACUGACUGUACAUAUAUACAGUGUAAUACUCAGGUUAAAACGCACACAUUUUAAAUCACAUACUUGGGUGUUUUCUAAUAUUGAGAAAUGGCGCCGUCACCUUUCUGAAGUAGUGUAGGUCUCCUGUCCGAGUGGACUGUUGUGUCUGCCCUGUGAAAAGGGAAGUAUAAAGCAAGUUUUUUUUGUGUUGUGAUGAUCUGCAGUAUUGUAAUUCACACUUACUGUAAAGAAUUGCUUUUAUAGACCAAAAUAUAUAAAAAUAGACUAUUUGGGUCUGUGGGCUCAAACAAAAUGUAAGUCUUAAUGACAAAAUGUGUUUCUCUCCAUAAAUAAAGAAAAAACUGUUCAAA